ACAGUUUGGAAUUUUACGCCAUUUAAGUUCCUUCUUUCGUUCUUUUUCUCGUCACCACUGUGUUUACUUAUCUAUUUCGUAAUCCACAAUGUCACUUUCUCAUUCUUUCGCCAAACUUUCCCACCCUAAAUAUUUAAUCCCUAUUGCUGGAGUCGCUGUUGCUUCUAUCGGAUUAGCCUACCAAUACUCAACUAUGUCUACUGCCCCAAUCUCCAACGAAGCUAAAGUCACCUUUAAAGGUGACAACGAAUGGGUUGACUUAAAGCUUCUCAAAUCUGAAGACUUGACUCACAACACCAAGCACUUGACUUUCAAGCUCAAUUCCGAAGACGAACUUUCCGGUUUAGUCACUGCUUCUUGUCUCUUGACCAAGUUUGUCACUGCUAAGGGUAACAACGUUAUCCGUCCAUACACCCCAGUUUCCGACACUGAACAAAAGGGUACCAUUGAAUUCGUCGUCAAGAAGUACGAAGGUGGUAAGAUGUCUAGCCACAUCUUUGACUUGAAGGAAAACGAAACCUUAUCCUUCAAGGGUCCAGUUGUCAAGUGGAAGUGGGAACCAAACCAAUUCAAGUCUAUUUCCUUGAUUGGUGGUGGUACCGGUAUCACUCCAUUGUACCAAUUGUUGCACGAAAUCACCAAGAACCCAACUGACAAGACUAAGGUCAACUUGAUUUUUGGUAAUGUUUCCACUGAUGAUAUUUUGAUCAAGAAGGAAAUCGACGCUAUUGCCAAUGCCCACAAGGACCAAGUCAAGGUCACUUACUUCGUUGACAAGGCCAAAGAAGGUGAAGCCUGGGAAGGUAAGGUUGGUUACAUCACCAAGGACUUUUUAGCUUCCGAAUUGGACAAGCCUUCUUCUGACACCAAGGUCUUUGUCUGUGGUCCUCCAGGUUUGUACAAGGCUGUCUCUGGUCCAAAGGUUUCUCCAACCGACCAAGGUGAAUUGACCGGUGCUUUGGCUGAAUUGGGUUACACCAAGGAACAAGUCUUUAAGUUUUAGAGAUGUUACAUAAAUUGUAUAAGUUAUAUAUAAAAUUUUGGAUUCUGAUUUUACUUAUAGAAAUUGUAAACUUAAAACCAGCUUUCAAACUCUUGCUAAAAAAAAAAAAUACUGUAGCAUUAAACAAAUGUCAUCUGUCAGAAUUGCCAUCCAAGGAUGUGCCCAUGGCGAACUCGAGCAGAUCUACGCCAAGAUCGAUCCUAAAACGGAUCUUCUCUUGAUUUUAGGUGACUUUCAAGCUCUUCGGAGCACUCAAGACUACCAAGCCCUCAAUGUACCCGCUAAAUACCGUGCCCUUGGUGAUUUCCAUUCCUACUAUAGUGGCGCGUUAACUGCACCUUGUCUUACGAUUUUCAUUGGCGGGAAUCAUGAAAAUAGUGCGUAUUUGCAAGAACUCAAGUAUGGAGGCUGGGUUGCUCCGCGAAUGUAUUAUCUUGGUGAAUUUGGUAGUGUAUGGUAUCGAGGAAUUCAGAUCGCAGGAUGGAGUGGAAUUUUCAAUAGAUCCACGUUCUUGCGCAAUAACAUGUAUGUUGAAAAACCACCGUAUCGCAGAGAUGAACUCGUGAGCGUUUAUCAUCAGAAAUUGACCGCAUUUAUAAAGUUGUAUAUGAUGAAUCAUGACUUGGAUGUGGUGAUGAGUCAUGAUUGGCCCGUGGGAAUUGAAGAUUAUGGUGAUAAACGAAAACUAUUGGCUCUUAAACCGUUUUUUAAGAAGGAUAUAGAGAAUAAGGAGUUGGGGAGUCCGUUGAAUAAGUUCUUAUUGCAUCAUUUACGUCCGAGAUAUUGGUUCUCAGCUCAUUUGCAUGUGUUAUUUGAAGCGAGUGUAAGCUAUAAAGGGGAGGUUAACAGUAAAGAACAGUCGAAGUCUUCUAAUAAUGAUGAGAUAGCAUUGAAUAUGGAUGAUGAAACUGAGAAAGAAAUUUCCAACAAGGACAAGAUAAACUUGGAUAUGGAUGAGGAAGAGUCAAAUUCUGUUGUUAAUAAUGAAAAAAUCGAAUUAGAUAUGGAUGAUGAUGAUGAUGGUAACAAUCAAAUACACCUUGAUAUGGAUGAAGAAGAACCAAUUCCAUCACUUGAACUGAGCUUGUAUUUAAGUAACCCACAACCAAAGAAGACACCACCUCGAAUGUCUCCCUCGGACCACAGUACUAACUUCUUAGCAUUGGAUAAAUGUGGGAAACGUCGUAUCCAUCUCCGUCAUAUAACAAUCACCCCUGACGAAGCACACCAAUCCCACCCUUCAUAUAAAGAUAACAAGCUAUAUUAUAGCAGACGAGCAAUUGCGAUUAAUAAAGUACUCGAAACUUAUCUCAAAUCACACGAAGAUGAAUUUCGCGGCAUAAACACAAGAAAGAUCCUUGAAGACCCUCACAACUUAGUUUUGGUUAAUGAGUUGAUGCCAUUGGUGGAAUUGGAAUUGAGAAAGUUGAGUGGGAUGAAGGAUGAAUUGUUUAUUGUGCCGGAGUCUUUUAAAGUUGUAGCUCCAACCGAAGAUGAUGGUUCCCAAUUGAAGUUUUAUCCAAAUAAUCAAACUGAAGAAUAUUGUAAAAAGUUUGAUGUUGUUUCACCGGAUUUAGCAUAAUAUAAUUACAUAGAAUACUUAAUCUACCCCUUCAUCAGAACUAU